UGGUCUUGUGGGGUAGUUAGGUCGUUACCGGGGUGAGUGCGUUUUAAAUUUAAAUGAUCGAAGGCGUCGAAGGUGCUUACGGUACUGGCACUCGGUAACUCGGUAAUACUGAUCAUACUGAUACAGUGUUGUAAGACGUAGAAGUAAAUUGGGUUAUUCGGGCUGUAUUGUAAUGUAACUUACACAAAAAUGACCAUAAAACUGGAUCCCAAGGAAGUUAAAGCACAUCUUCAUCGACUAGGAUACUGUAACAUAACGGGAGAACAAUUAAGGGAGUUUAUUAAAGACUUGAAGAAACUUAUUAAAUAUGAUCAGCACCUGUUAUGCACAUGUAAAGAUUCAGCUGAGUUCAGUGAAAGCUCCUACAAAGAAACUUCACUAGAGACACUGAGGACCAGUAACUCAACCUCAUCACCCAGUGGAAAUGAAAACAGCCAUAUUGAAAAGUAUGGAAGAGAUCAGUCUCGCGAUACCACAGCACAGAAAUGUGUAACUUGUACAAGGUCAUUUGCACAUAAUGUACAGUCAGGUGACGGCUCCAGUAGAGCAUGUGUGUCGGGUUCUGCAGCUCUACCCAACACAGCAGGAAUAACAAAAAAAUCAGCACAUUUUUCAAAGCAGGAAGAAGCCCAAAAGUUAAAGUCUGUAGAAAACCUUCAAGAAUCUGUGAAAGCAAAACAUUCAUUUAUACGACCACGGAAUAUUCAACCAGGGCAACAAGCAGGAGCUCCUAAGCGAUGUGACCCAGUAAAGCUGUAUCAUCAUUACCAGGAUAUCUGGAGACAGCAGAAAGUCCCUGGUGAAGACAAUCAUUCCAACCUACGAUGGUGUAUACGUGUGAGAAUGCUAGGUGAAGAUCCACAGCCUCGUCCCAUUUCACGAGCUUCGUCCACAAGAACACUGAGCAGGCAACAUAGGGAAGUGUGAAUUUUUAUCCUUUAUGAAACACUGGCAUUUUAUCUUGUUGGCUUAUCUGUUAACUUGGAACUGAUGUCGGAAAGGCAUUACUUGUAAAUGUCUGUCAUCCUAAUUAGACAGUUUAUUUUCCAUGAACUGACAACUGUAUUAGAAGUAUAUAAUUAUAAGACAGUACUCAAGAUGAGAAAUACUACAUAAUAUAUUUAUCUUCUGAAACAUUUAUUUUUAUUUGUGCAUCAGCUUUUUUUCCUCACAAAUGCUGAAUUCUGGUAUUGGUAAACUCAGUGUCCCAGCAGUGAAGCAAAAUGUCAAAUGUGUAUAUGCAAAAAUUAUGUAGCUUACAUGAGGGUAGACGUUAAAAAAAAUAUUUGAACUAUAUUGUGAUAUGACGCCUGAAAGCAGGAGGAGAUGACCAUUGCUAGGCAAUGGUUAAGUAGAUACAUUCUUAUGGCAAUGAAUAAGCACACAACAAUUUAGGAACUGCUGGGUGUGGUGUUUUCCAUGUGGUCCAACUUACAGGAGGACUCAGUUGGAGUCACGGAACAAACAAAAAUUUGGUCAUGGAUCCUGUCAGGACCUGAAACCAAGAAUGACUGUGUUGUUGAGGGCCAGCAGUUUACUGCUAUGCUAGUUACAAGACAAAAAUAUGGUCAAGGGUCUCACAAAGCCCAGAGCCAAGAAUGACUGUGCUGGCAAAGCCAGCAGCAAAUUAACCAACCUACAGGACCGCAGGGAAUCGUGACAGAAAAAUGUGGUCACAGAACCUGAAACCAACAGUGACUGUGCUAGUGGAGGCCAGCAGCACUUUACCAGACAGACAGGACUGUGGGAAUAGAGAACCAGCUAACAACUGUCAGUCAGUCAUGGGACAGAACCAAGAAUGACUGUCUUGGAUGAAAGCUAGCAACAACUUUCUGGUCUGGACUGCACUUGGUGGUUAACAGUCUGUUGCUAGCCAGCAGGGACAGGAGCUGUUGAGCACAGAAGCAGUAAAAGAAGCUUCUACCAAGGAAUGAUUAGUGAAGAAAUAGCAGUUAUUUGCAGCUGUCAUUAUUUGUGGAUCAUGUAGAUCACUGAGAACGUUAUAACUGAUGAGUACCAUCUUCUGGGAUAUAACUUCACAUAGUUAUUGAAAGUCAACCGACUUCAGGUUUUGAAUAAGCCAAGCAAGAUACCAGAAUGCAAGCAGGUUGCAAGCCAACCAUCAAGAUGGAGGUGAUGGUUCGUCUGAAACGUGGGCUGAAUUUAAACGGACUACACAGCGUUAUAUCCCAGAAGAUAGUACUCGAUCAUAACCACUGCUGUGGAAACCUCAAAUCCUACAUAGUGUUGUGUUUGUAGAUAUGAGUCAUAAAUGUUCAGUAGCUUCAGUAGUCGGUCCAAACCCUGUGUCUAGUCACUAACACAUAAUAAUACUGACAAUAUUUUGAAACAUAAAAUGCCAUCCCAUUUCCCCUAACAUAUUGUGACAUGUAGACCCAUUGCCGAGUAACAGCUGGGUAAACAAGGAACAGUACAACAGCCAUUGGUCAGGUUUCACAUGGUAUUAUUAUAAACGGGGUUUGGGUUGAUUAUCGGAUUUACUGGACACUUAAAGAACUUGUGACAGUUUCACUGAGUUACUCCAAAGAUCACUAACUACAGCACACACAAAGUCUUGAGGCUAUGAAGCUGAUAAUGAAGGUUAUCGGUCAGUCCACAGGAAACAAACUUCCGAUUCUUUAUUCUUUCAUCCAGACUGAAAAGCUACAGGCGAUAACAAAGCAAACACACCAGAAUUGUUGCAUAUAUUUCCUAACCUGUCUGUUUUUACCUGUCCUACAGCUUUCUGCCCAGGAAUGGGCUGCUUCUUUGAGAAGCCCAUCUGGUCUAUCCUAUAGGUAACCAAAGUGGCAGAGAGCAACUGUUGACUGUUUACUCAGGAGCUAAAAUCCUAAACCUUUACAGUAGUCAGAUACAUGUGCAUCAAUGCCAAUGUGGUAUCAUUCUGGUAGAUGAAGAUAUACCAUUUCAAAUGAACUACAGCUGUGCCUGAUUUUUUGAGAUCUCCAGGUCCUCACCAUAGUUAGAAUUGUUGAUACAAACACUAAGCAGGAUUGUCCUAUGUGACAUAUUCUGCCCAAGCAAACAGGAGGUGCUGAAGUAUAACUUGACCAGAGAAGGCAAGUUCCAGUUACCACUACUCUCUGAUCCCAUUUGAUCUAAGAUGAGACUGGCCCAAGGACUGUCACUGUUCUUUCUGAGACACUCUCACAUCCAAAGGUUAAUAACUGUGUACUGUGUUACGUGUACACCAAUUGGUAGGCAAUGUGUUGACAGACAAGUUCCCAUGAAGACAGAUUCUUGGUAAACAGCACAUUGCUAGGUCAUGCAACAAUAGAGGAAGCCAUAUUUUCUGUUUGCAGUGACAUCACAACAGUGGAUAGUGAUCAUGUGACGUGUUUUUUAUAGAUCUGACCGAUGCACCAAUAGGCUUGCUGGAUAGCAAUCAUGUAAUUUAUGUUAACUGUAGGUCCAUGUCCGUUCCUUGGCCAUAUAAGUAAAGCAGUUACAAGUUAUGAAUAAUAACUGCAGAAGCAAGCAAACAAGUAAGGAGAUAGCCAUGGGAAGUUCGUAGUUGAAGAAUUAUAAGUUGGCCUGUGAAGACUUAAGCGUGAUAGAAGAUUUCGUUUAUAUGUAAUAUUUGCAAUGUGUGAUUCGGUGACUUUUAUAGUUUGUUAUAAACUCAUGAAGACUAGUGCAAAUCAACUGAAGAGAUUAGUGUGGAGUGAUUGUACAUUCUGUAAAGCAGCAGUAGUGUAAUUAACUGUAGUUAUGACCUGUAAGUGGUUAAUAAAUAUGAUUACCAAUCCAAACCCACGUCUUAGUCACUUUGACACGUGACAACCAUAUACAAGUGAUGUCGGUACAGCCAUUACAUAGUUGACAAAUACUGUACACUAGACAGAAUAAAAUUCAAAACAUUUUUGAGUCAAUCACAUUUAUUUAAUCACUUAAUAUAGAAUAUAAAAUUAUGUAAAUCAAUAAAGACACAAAUGAACUCUCCAACAAUCUAUACAACAGUGGUUCACAACCUUUCUGACAUAAUAUUUCCCUUUUACUUUUCACCAAACACCCCCAGCAUUUACAGAUAUAAAUUUAACAAUCUGCACUCCUAUUAAUAUUAUUCCUCACAAUGGCCCAGCCCAUAAUUAUUUUAUCAAUUUUGUGUGUAUUCCACACAGGUCAGAAUGUACAAGCUGAGCUGCUAUUUGUUACAUCAUUAGCUGGGUUGACUGAACAUUCCACUCCAUGGAUUAGUGCUUCAUGCCAAAAUGUAUCACACACAUAAAUAUUUGCUUUUAGGACCAUGUCUCUCCUGGUUUCCAUCUAAGAAAGGAAGAAAGUAACUUUUGAAGUGGGCUGCAAUGCCCUCUCAAAAAGUGAAAAUGUCUUAAGCCUCCUUAACUAAUGCACAAUAGAAAAAUACUGUCAAUCCAAAGAACACUUAGAUUCUAAAGAGCUGUCAUGAUGGAGUUUAACACUCGGAAUUACAUGGUUUUUGGACUUUGUUCAUAAUUUGCAAUUCUAAAAGACUAGAACUAAAAGAACUAGUUAGAAUAUUCAACAAUGAACAAAGUCCAAAAACCAAGUAAAUCCAAAGAAAACUGUAGCAGCACAUACCAAAUAAUGAAAUACUGCUCAGUAGUUUCAUAUUCAGACACUGGGAAACUAUUGCCUUACUGCCCUGUACCAAAAAUGUGAAUAAAAAUAUAAAUUUUAAAAUGAAAAUGUUGCAUGGUGACCUUUACUUGGCAAUGAAUAGGGCUAACAAAUGUUAAAGUCUGACAUCCUAUUUUUACUCUCAUAUAGUUUUAUGAGGAGGUAUUGUGAUGGUGAGAGACAUCAAGCCAAGAUUUCAAUGCAUCCACAUAUUCUGAGCCACCUUGAUUACAAAAAGUGGUUCGUGGUGUGCCACCAGUCUGUAUGUAUGGAUGUGCACCUCACUAGUGCCCGGCUGCAUGGAGGGAUUUUAUUCAUAUUGUCACAUGUUAGUGACUACACAUGGGGUCUGAAUUUGUAACUGAAAUGCACUCACUAUAUAUUGCUACACCACAUUUCCUAUUCUUUUCAUUUUGUUAUGUCUUCCAUAGUUGCUGCAAGGCAGUGCCUUCUAACAGUGGAAAUUCCUGUGUUUCCAUGUUUAUAGCUAGUCACCAACUAUGAGCAAUGCUUCAUGACUGACUUAGCAUAGCAGUAAAUUUCUGCUGGUCCUUGCCAGCAUAGUUAUUCUUGGUUUCAGGCCCCACUGGGACUCAUCAUAUUUUUGUCCAUUUCAAGUCCAAUUUAUGUGUUUACUGAGUCAUCACUUAGCAACAGUGGCCUCUUCUGGUUCCGUUAUUUCAGCUUUCAGCUGGCAUGUCACAUUCAGAAUUCAAGAUUAUCCAUCAUAGGCUGGUGCCUGGUGAAUACAAACAUUCCAGCUCUUGAAAAUGACUCUAAUGAUUUUAACUAAAUUUCAGUAAUUUAUGGAGACAGUCUUCAUAAAUAAAGCUGCAUAGGUGAUUUGUGAGAGCCGGGAUAGCACAGUCGGUAUAACAACUAGCUACUAGCUGGAUGGCCGGGGUUAGUUUGAAUACCUGUGGG